CCGGAAGGAUUAACUGGUAACACAAACAGGAAGCGGCUAGAUCGGAUAGGGCCAUUGCAAGGCAGCCAUUGCUGUGUGUCGUGGCUGUGUUAGUGAUACACCAAGGCAGGGAAGAAGACGUUUACUACAGUCAUUCGAAUUAACUGGACUUCCGAGUGUAACAGUAGUCUGUGCAUCUACAUAUAGAUACAAGGAUUAACACGAUCUGGAUAUGUCCUUCAUAUUUGAUUGGAUUUAUAGUGGUUUUAGUAAUGUACUGCAGUUUCUUGGACUGUACAAAAAAUCAGGUAAAUUAGUAUUUCUUGGUCUGGACAAUGCUGGCAAGACCACACUACUGCAUAUGCUUAAAGAUGAUCGACUGGGGCAACAUGUGCCAACCUUACAUCCAACUUCAGAAGAGCUGACUAUUGCUGGUAUGACCUUUACCACCUUUGACCUUGGUGGCCAUGCACAGGCCCGAAGAGUGUGGAAAAACUACCUCCCUGCAAUCAACGGCAUUGUCUUUCUCAUUGAUUGUGUAGACCACCCGAGACUGGCUGAAUCCAAAACAGAACUUGAUGCACUAAUGACGGAUGAAACUAUUGGAAACGUGCCUAUCUUGAUUCUUGGUAACAAGAUUGAUAAGCCAGAGGCCAUAAGUGAGGAGAAACUUCGUGAACUGUUUGGAUUGUAUGGACAGACAACUGGCAAGGGUAAUAUUCCCCUUAAAGAACUGAAUACCAGACCACUGGAAGUGUUCAUGUGCAGCGUGCUAAAGAGAGAGGGAUAUGGGGAGGGUUUCCGCUGGCUUUCACAAUACAUUGACUAGAGGUCCGACCACAAGGAGGUGCACCAGGAACUGCCUAAACAAAUUCAAACUCAUGUUCAGUUCUUGUUCAGCCUGCCAUCACUCUCCAAAAGAAAAACAGCGGUAAUCACUCAGUAAAACUCAAUUUAAACAAACUUUUAUAGGGUAAGACAUUUAAUUCAACCAUUUUUUUCUUAAAGCUUUUGUAAGGGAAUGGAAUAUCAAUGUCUCCGUUUUCAAGCCAAAUAGACGACACUUUUCAUUUAUUUCUGUUUUUCUUUUGACUUUUUUUAUGCACGUGUGAAAUCUGUAUGAUGUGGUAUAAAAGCAAACAAUUCUGCUGGUAUUGGCAACCCCAGUUUAUGUUUAAGAAUGUGUUUGAGAUGUUUAGAAAUAUGUUUGCAGCCCUUGUUAAGUUGAUUGUUUUUAAUAGGAUACAUGGUUGGGAUUUUUGUGGGAAUCAUUACUUUUGAGCAUUGCAGUCAUUUUGAAUGGUGUGCCGGUCUUAUUUAACAAAACAAUGAAUAUUAACAAAAAAUUAAAUGAUCUCUCAAACGGCUCCACCCAGUUUAAGAUGCCCCUUUUUAUUAACAUGAAAGCGUAGUUUGUCGGGUAUCUCAGACAGAUGUAUGCAGGAUGCAGAUCCUAUGGAAAGUAAAGUCAAGAAUUUUCAGAUGUGCAGUCCCUGUCGAAAGUAUUGGAAAGCCAAGGCAAAUUCUUUUCUUUUCAGUGUACACUGACAUUUAGCUUUGAGAUAAAAAAAAGAUUAAUAUAAGACUAGAAUUUCAGCUUUAAUUUCCUAUAUUUACAUCUAGAUGUGUUUUAAAGAACUUUAGAUUAUGGCACCUUUGUUGGCAGACCACCGAAUUUUUAGGUGAGCAAAAGUAUCAGUACAGAUAGUCUUAAAGUAAUACACUUAAUAUUUGGUUGCACAUCUCUUGCUUGCAGUAACUGCAUCAAGACAGCAACCCACUGACAUCAUCAAACUGUUGUAUUCUCUUUUUUUAUUUUAUUUUUUUAUUUUUAUGCUUUUCCAGGCUUGUACUGCAGUUUCUUUCAGUUGUUGUUCGUUUUAGGAAGUUUCUCCCUUCAGUCUCCUCUUCAGGAGGUGAAAUGCAUUCUCAGUUGGGUUACGGUCUGAUGACUGACUUGGCUAGGCUAAAACCUUCCACUUCUGUGUCCUUUGUGUUGGCAGUGUGUUUUGGGUUAUUGUCUUGCUGCAUGAUGAAGUUCCUCUCAAUUAGAUUGGAUGCAUUUUCCUGUAACUUGGCAGGCAGAAUGUUUCUGUAGACUUCAUCAUGAGCUACAUUAUCAAUAAAGACAGGUGACCCUGUUCCAGACACAGCCAUGCAAGCCCAAGCCAUAACACUACCUGCAUAGUACUUGACCAAUGACCUUUGUUUUUGGAUUAUGAGCAAAUCCUUUUCUUUCUCCACACUUUGGCUUUUCCAUCACUUGCUACAUGUUUAUCUUGGUUACAGAACUUUUGUGGCAUCUCUGUAUGUAUGUGAACAUUAUUUAUAAUAUAAUAUAAUAUAAUAUAAUAUAAUUUUUUUUGCAAAAUCCAGUCUGGGCUUCCAGUUGUUCCUGUUGACUGGUUUGCAUCUUGUGGUAUGGCUUCUGUAUUUCUGCUCACUAACUGUACAAAAUCAAGGGCUCAAACCAAGAGGAGACAUUCGGUGCUAUUAUUUGUUUAAAUGAUCAACAAGGGCACACCUGGGUGACAAACACCUUUCAUGUUCCAAUAUAUUUGAUCACUUAAAAAUGGGUGAGUUCAAACAAAAGGUGCCAUGUUCCAAGUUGUCUAACAUAUCUAGAUGUUAAUAUCAGGAAAUGAAUGCUUGCUCUAUCGUCUCGUAUUAAUCUUUUGAUCUCAUCCCCAACUUUGUUUGGUGUGUAGCAAAAACAAAAGUAUUUGCCAUACUAUAUGGAUCUUAUGGAUGGUUUUCUGAGAAGUUCUUGAUUUUAUCAAUGUGUAAUGCAUCAACAUGUUAAUUUUUUUUUUUUUUUUAAUUUAAUUACCAAAAAAGGGCUAGCCAUAUAACAUUAAACUCUUUACAAGAGCCUUUCUAAGUAAUUUUUAAGGCAGUACAAGGACUUCCCCUCCUCCAUUAUUUCCUUGUGUACUGCCUAUCAGCUGUUGCAUGUAAUGGAAAAACUCUGCAUUUAAAAUAAAUAAAUUAAUUAAUAUAAAAUUGUAAAAUUCCAGUGACCCAUUCCUUUUUAUAAAAUAUGCAUAAAAACUAAAAGGGCUUUAACACAAUGCCACUCGCUAUUUCUGUAUUCAGGUUUAAAUUGGAAGUAUUUGAAAAACUGAAUACCUUUUUUUUGUGUGCGCGUGCGUGUGCAUGGGAUCUUUCUGGCCAGUUUCCUACCUAAGGAGUACCUGCUGAGUAAGUGAGGUCUUUACUGGAUCAAGGAAUAUGCUCAUAAUUGACAAUAGCCACCUAAUAAUAUCUCCUCAGAUUUACUUUAUUUGUGGGUUGCAGCAGCAGUACUGCAGCCCAGCUCUGGUAGAUUCUGAUGCUCAGCAGACUUGUCUGACCUUUCUUGAAUAGCAAAGUGUUUGGUGACAUAAAUUGAGAUAAUAUGGAAAACUAAAUUAAUUAAUUAAAUAAAAAACACCACCACCUAGAUCACAUGUAGAGGGGCAUUUCCAUUUUGAUAGAAGGCCAUGGUAGAGGUAAGAGGUAAAAACUGCAAAUAACAGUUUCUUUAUUGUAGGGCUGGGUAAAAAAAUAUAUAUAUAUUUUAUUGAUUUUAAUCUAUCUUCAAUUUAACGAAACGAUAUUGAUUCUGGAAAUCCCCGAAUCGAUUCUUAAUGCGCGUGCUUUACUUGAGAGGAUGUGAAUAUUAUCUGUAGUUCGCCUCUCGUCCUGAAGAUGGCGCCAUCUUUCAUGUUUUGAAAUCUGUUAUUUCUUAAACGUUUCAAGAUAAUGAAUUUCACUGUUGCACAUUUACAACGUUUGUAUCAUUUUUACAGUAAUGUGCAGUUUGUGUUUACCUUGUGUGCAUUGUAUGCACAUAUUUAUGAUUUCUUGUGACAAUGUUUGUUACUCAAAGUAAAAGGUAAUUAAACAUAAUUGUGUGGG